AUGUUCUUUGCUUUAUUCGCCAUUGUCGGCUUGACUCUCAGCAUCCGAAACGAGGCUAACAAUUCACUUGAGCUUAGUCUGCCUCCUUUCGCAAGUGGAAGCUCAUCUAAACUGUAUACUACAUCUUUAGCUGGAGCCUUCUACGUCUCUUACGCUUGUGUCGGCUUGCGACGGAACAGCGAGUCUUAUAUUCUCACCUUUGUCAAGACCUCUUUUACUGCUAACGACUUUGCCAGACCCCUAUCUAGCCUCUCCGCAUCUGCAGCCUCCGUAAACAUGUUCGGACAUCGAGUCGAGCACGCCAUCGUAUCUUCUCUUUCUGCGGAAUGGCUGUCUCGUCUGGUUCCGAGCGUCUUGACGACAACGCCCAUCCGGAGGCGGUAUCCUCACUUCCGCGCUCUGUGGACAGAACCUUAUUCGGCUAAUAACACCGGGACCCCAUGUGGUACACUUCAAACAUUGCAUUAUUUUUUUUCCUUUCUGCAUUAUUGCACCAAGGUCGUUGAGGCAGAAUCUCAUCUCGAGGGUAAUUUAGCUUGA